GAAGCAUUUGUGAAUUUGAAUAAUUCCCGCUAUAUAAUGGCGAAAAAAAUUGUAUAAAGAAUGCAGGGCUGACAGUCUAUCAAACGAAGAAUUUAUAUUAAAAAAAUAUACGCCCUGCACUUUUAUAAAUAAAAAAAAAAAUACAUACAUAUGUGCAUUUGAAACACCUAUGCUCAAUUUAUAAAUUUGGCGCAAAAUUCUGAAAUUGUCAGUUAAAAAAAUUUGGGAUAAAAUAUUUGAAAACUAUAAAAUAAAGCUCUCUUUUACUCAAUGGCUAAACCUACCACCAUCAAGGAUGCGCUACGCAUUUGGGAAGAAAAAAAUGGCAAGGAUCCCAUUACCGUGACAGACAUCGGUUUACAAUUUCAAUACCCACCAAUUGAAAAAAUGGACAGCACUCUUAAUACGCUUGUGAACUGUAGGAAACUAAGUCUUUCUUCCAAUAUGAUUGAAAAAAUAACGGGUAUUAAUCAGCUUAAAAAUCUCCGUAUACUCUCAUUGGCUAGGAACAAUUUGAAAAAUAUUAACGGCAUUGAGGCGCUAGGCGAAACAUUGGAAGAGUUAUGGGUCAGCUACAAUAUUAUUGAGAAAAUUAAACCCAUAGAAUCCAUGAAAGUAUUACGAGUAUUUUAUAUAUCACAUAAUCUUGUUAAAGAUUGGGUAGAGUUCAAUCGCAUGGCAUUGGCACCUAAGCUGGAGGAAAUAUCAUUUCUUGGCAAUUUACUAAACGAAAAUAUGGAUGAAUUGGUAUUUAAAAAUGAAGCCAUACGUCGGCUGCCACUAUUGAAAAAACUCGAUGGUGAACCGGUUAUAAGAGGCGAUUAGUUGUCACCAAAUAAAUAUUAAAUACAAACCUGUAAAUUUGAAUAAUUUUAGUAAAAAAAAAACGAUACAUUUUACCAAAAUA